UCGCGCAUAAACACCGGGAUCAUUUCGCGAUGUGAUUCUAAACUUUGUGAAGCUGCUAAAAUGCUUGUUUGCUUUUAUUCUGCAAGACGCUUUCAGAUAUUGGCAACUAUGGCAUUUGUCAGACGAUUUUGCUCAUCAGCUGAGUUUGGGUAUCAUCACAGCACAGGAAAGUGUAUCUCCAGAGGGUUGUGCUUCGCAUCCCAGCUGGGAAGCAGUCGGGCAAAUGGAACGUCUUCGUUUAAUAGAGGGGGUAAACACUCCACCUUGCACAUCUACUUCUCAAAGCUGAGGCCAGCCAUGAUCAGCAAAGAGACAAUGAGUCAAGAAGCUUUGUUUAGCCAACACCGAUCUCGCUCUUUGCACUGGGACAAGAGGGAGACAUCUCUCAUGUGCUUGCAAGAAUCCUCUGAAGGAUCCGCAAUCUCAAACCAGGAAGGAUUGAAAGAAGACAUUAAAGAAGCAGAGCUGCCUGUGUUAGUCCGGGUUGAAGGUAACACCAUCAAUCAUGUCCUGUCAAUGUUGACGUCCACACUGCCAGUCCACGACAGCCUGAGGGACAUCACAGCGACGCUACGCAGACUCUCUGCAACCAUGCACGUCCAGAGCGUCCUCGAGACGGCGGCCAAACCACGCGAAGAAUGCAGUGAUGACAUCAUCAUUCGAAACCAGCCAAUCACAAAUCACAGCUCUGAUAAUUUCGUCCACACUGCCCCAACUGAUGCUCUACACAAACUAAAUCCAUUUAAUGUCAAAAGGGACUUCUUAAAUCCAAGGCUUAAUAACUCAAGGUUUAUCAAACCAGACGCUCCUUCUGUCGAAAAACUCAAACCUCAAAGUUUAUCGGAAGCCACAGGACGUCAAGCGAGGGCGCAUUUGUAUUUCAAUAAAGUGUACCAUGUUCCAAUGGUGGCCUCUGUACCAGAGCCGAACCUUCAAUCAUCGGCGAAUGAUCGUUCAGAUUCCACUGCUGGUGUUCAUCCCUCCCAUCAUGGAGACAUUCUAACCCCACCUGAUCAGAAUAACCAUAGACCCAGCAAGGAACAGAUUCUAGUCAUGCAUGAGAGGCUGUCCAACGAACUGCCCAACUUCCUACAGGAACCUCAUGACUUCAGUAUGUACGCAGACACACUAGAAUUCGACAACAGAAUCCUGAGAAUCAAGACAAGAGGGCUGCCGGCCUACAAGGCUUGCCUCCAGUCCAUGAAGAGCCUCGGAACCACUUACAUGACAGGAUCAAGCAUGGAGGUGUUACGGAUCACCGCUGAUCUGGAUCAGGAUCAGAUCCAGGCAAGAUGGAGGAUAAAGGGAGUACCACUUCACAGCUACAUCAUCAGACCUUGGCGUCGAAAUCACCCUCACAGAUAUUUUGAUGCAUUCUCUACUUUUGAUGUUGGUACUGACGGUCUCAUUCAUCGACAUAAACUUGACAAGGUUAUGCCUAACCCAUCGGAUAAGGUGAGGUCUCCAUCCUUGGCUGUGCGUAUUGGCAUCGCGUUGGGCGUAGUCCGCAACCCCGCCUUGUCGCCGGACUGUAUGGUAUCCAAGCCUCUCGCCUUCAUCCAACACAAGACGAACCCCAGCAAACUAUAAAAACCCUACCUGCUUAAUACAUCAUGUAGAUUGUUCUCGCUGUAUAUGAAGUAGUUUAUCCAUCUCUGAAGAUCAUUAUCGAAGUCUUUCGGGACUUGGUCUCAGUUCUUGCUUGACUUUAGCUGCAUUCAACAUCGGAAAGUUCGUUUGAUAUCUAAACGGUAGAGGAAAACCAUGUAUGGAAUCAGAUAACUCGGACAUGUAACUUUAGAUUCAAAGAAGUCAUGUGUGGUUGUGUUUGAUACAAUUUAGCUACAUUGUUGUUUAUUAUUCAAUAGAACUUGUGCGCGUGACGUAUUUGGGUAGGCGCCCUCGACUAGAGGUAAAAAGAAGGCAGCUCAUUGGGGUGGGAUGAGAAGGGGGGGGUACAGGGCGACCAGGCUUCUGGAUGUAGCCUGGGCCCAAUUUCAAAGAGAUGGUUAAGCAGAAAAUAUUACUCAACAAUUGUCUGCUAAGCAGAAAUGAGCA